ACAACGAACACAACACAACGAUUUCUCUUCAAUAAGAAAAGCCCGACCCCAUUUAGCCAGAAGCGCGUGAUUCAUUUUCAAGAUUUUCUGAAUCCAAGACAUCUACGGCCAAUAGUGAAUUAUUUAUUAAUUGAACUAUAUGAACCAGAUACUUAGCGAUAAUGCCACGAUCAUAAGCAGUGCCUUUUAGCUUUUUCUUUGUUCUUUUUUUGUCCAAGAAAACAUGUCAUAUGGUCAGUUUCGUCAGAAUUCCCAGCACGAUCACAGAAGAAGAGGAAAGCUGGCCCAGCCGAACCUAUCUGAAAGCGAAGGGAAAUCGAAAAUGGAAAAGGCAAAGCAAUUUCUGCAACCGACCCAAGCAGAUUCAGACAUAAUCUCUCGCCUCAUCAUUCCAACCCACCGACCCGGUGCUGAUACCAGUUUCUACGAAGAUUUCGCCCUCAAAGGCAUCCGAGUGGACCGAGUCGAACAAGGUCUAGUUGUUUGUACCUUCAAGGUCCCUCCUCGCCUCGCCGAUAGGAAUGGAAAAUUAGCUACGGCCGCAAUUGCAAAUCUGGUCGAUGAAGUCGGCGGUGCAGUAGCUCAUACUGAGGGUCUACCCAUGAAUGUAUCAGUGGACAUGUCCAUUUCAUUUUUAUCUUCGGCCAUGGUUGGUGAUGAAUUGGAGAUUACAUCAAGGCUUUUAGGUAGAAAAGGAGGUUAUUCUGGAACUUUAGUGCUAUUGAAGAACAAAGUGUCUGGUGAGCUAAUUGCUGAAGGUCGACAUUCAUUGUUUGGAAAACAUGCUAGCAAACUCUGAUUUCAUCCAUUUCCAGUCUCAAAUUUGUAAAUAAAUAUGCAACAAAUACAUGAAAGCCAAAGAGAGAGACAUAUAGUUUAUAUUAUUCAGGGCUGGUGAUGUAUUUUGAUUAGAUAGGUGGUCCGAUCUUGUAGUACUGUACUUGGAGUAAACAAAUAUGUUGGUUUUUCUUUUCUUUUCAUUUUCAUUUGUUGUACAAAUUCUUAAUUUUAUUAAGGCUAAUAAAGUUUUUUUUUUCUUCC